AUGUCCGACCACAGUAUACCCAACGACGCGAAUUUCGCCGCUCUGGACCUGGACGACCCGAAUCUCUUCUGGCAGACCGGCGCAGCACUCUGGCCGACGGCUCACUCAGCUUACGGCUUCGACUCAAAUACACCGCGAUGUGUACGCAAGGACGCCGCUGCCACUGCUCUCGCGCUGGCGGGCGACGAUGCAUACCACGCGUCUCUUGACUCUUCAAUACCGGACGACGGGCUUUCCAACUUCGACUACCUACACGACGCCGCACCAGUGCCCAUGGCCCGGUCCCUGACGAUCGCUGGUUCUCACGAUUCUGGCUAUCAAUCGGCACCGACUUCAAAUCAUCCGCUUUACGCUAGCAACAACAACAACAACAACAACAACAACAACAACAACAACGGCAAGCGCAACCACCACCACAUCGACAUGGACUACUCUCAGAGCUACACUUACGGCACAACACCAUAUCGACCGACUGCGACGACUCAUGCUCAACCUCGACUCGACGACGUGCAAGUCUUUGAACCCAGCGAGUAUUGCUCAAAGUUUCAAAGCGACUCAAACGAUGCAGGUGCAACGCCAGCCUUCGAGAGCAACAAGCGGCUGAGGGUUGAGGGCACAGACGAAAGUCGACCUUCCUUUCAGCCUGCGUACGCCUCGAACCUGUGCAUGCCCUCAUCGGCACAUGAAGUAUCGCCAAGUACGAGUAUGCCGACCCACUUGUCGCCAUCCUCACUCUCAUCAAGUGAAGCGAUGAGCCGGCAAAGUAGUGUGACCAGUGUGUCGGUGACUGAUGCCUUCGACAUGAUGCGUGUUGAGUCUUCCUCCCUCAUCAAUGCUUCCGAUCUCUUCCCUGUCCAUUAUCUAGAAAAUAACUCUUUCGUAUCUUGUCCCGUUGAGAAGCCAGCUAGUAGUCUGAAUCAGCCUACUAUCGGUUUGCAAGAUGGUAAUGCCGCGCGUUUGCUUAGCAAUGUGGGAUAUGGCUCAGGUUGUACGGAACCAUUUUCUUUUGUUGUCGAUGGUCAGAACUUCACUGCUGCUCCUGGCGGUCAACAGAACGCUCAUGACACUACGCUACCGCAUCACGCGCAAGACAUGGAGCGCAGCGAUAGCUCUUCCAGCAACGCAUCGACAGAAGUCAAGGCCUCAGAUCGAAGACGCAAGCACAUCGAGAACGCACGACAGUCGAUUGCACCGAAGAGCAUCCCAGAAGGUCCAACCUCGUCAUCAGCAUCGACCACACCAGACGCCAAGCCUCGACAGAUCAAGCCGGAAACUGCCAGCACUAAGCACAAGGAAGUCAUUCCGAAAGCAUUAUAUGUCCGACCUCAGCAUCCCAAACUCUACUGCAACAUGUGCGAGGAGUUCCCUGGCGGCUUCCGUGGCGAGCACGAACUUCGACGACACUGGGAUCGAGCUCACGCCGAAUGUCGCAAGGUCUGGAUCUGUACCGAGCCGACGACACGAACUGAGUGGUGGCCAGCGAAACCACUCGGCAUUUGCAAGCAGUGUAAGCAACAAAAGCGGUACAACGUGUAUUACAAUGCUGCCGCUCAUUUGAGGAGAGCCCACUUCUGCCCUCGUAAGCGAGGUCGGAAAGCGAGAGGCGAGGAAAGGGAGAGCAGAGCUGGAAAGGCUGGAGGCGACUGGCCUCCUAUCGAGUGGUUGAAAGCCAAUGGGUGGCUGCAGGAAAUCGAGGUAUCCUCUGAUCAAGCAUUUGGUGCGAGCAUGAACAACAUACCAGAGCUGCCGAAUGACGAUUCGUUGCCGGAAACCUUUGAACUCCCUCAGCAACAGGAGAUGUAUAGCACUGCCGACGCUAUGCACUUCCAACAGUACCCUGCAGUCACCGACUUCACUACCGGCUACCCAACACCUAUCGACUGCACACCUACCAUGCAGUUUCCGACCAAUGAAUAUGUGGCACCAAUGAUGCAACAUACAGUUUCAGCACCUCCGACCUUCAACAACCCAGCAAUAUACACGACGGAUGGUUUGGUACAGAACGCUUUCGGAUAUUGA